CCGCUGUUUCUCACAGCAGUGCGUGUUGUCAGGCUCAGUCCGGAUCAGCGUCUCUACUUUAGGAGCAAACUCUGAUCUGAGAUGUUCGGACUUUCGGAACCGGCUGUCAUUUUCUCUGCUUAAUCAUCUAUACUUCCUCUGGUUCUGAUUCGGUUCCCUACGCAGGAUGGACCUUGGUUGUAUAAUAACUUAGAUGUUCUAGACCUGUUGGGAUACUUUCUGCUCUUUGGGGACAUGGAGGACCUGAUCCGGCUCCCAGACCAGGACCUACAGAGGUUCGGUAAGGAGGACCUGAUCCGAACGCUGCGGGCUCUGCAGAACCGCAACAAGGACCUGAUGCUGGAGCAUGGGAAACUGAUGAAGGAGGUGAACCGCAGCCUGCAGGUCCACCUCCAGGAGAUCCGGAGCCUGAAGGAGGUGAACCAGAAGCUGCAGGAGGACAACCAGGAGCUGCGGGAGCUCUGCUGCUUCCUGGACGACGACCGACAGAAGGACAGGAAGGUGUCCCGGGAGUGGCAGCGCUUCGGCCGCUACACGGCCGGCGUGCUGUGGAGGGAGCUGGGGCUGUACCAGCAGAAGCUGACCGAGCUGGAGGCCGGGCAGGAGGCGCUGAGGGCGGAGAACUCCGAGCUGAAGGAGAUCGUCCUCAUGCUGGACGAGGAGAGGAACGGAGCGGGCUCCCGGAGCUCCAUCGACAGCCAGUCCAGCCUGAGCGGGCCGGUGCCGCCCCGGGACGGAGGGGACGGGAGCAGCGGGGGGAGUCCGGACCACCAUCCCCCCUACCUGAAGGGCUGUGGGGGGAAGGCAGGCCCUCUGAGGAGGUCCAUGGAUGAUCUGUCAGUGCACAGAGGUUCUGCACUCAAUACAGAGUUCAGAUCAGAUGUAUCAGAUUGCUACAUAAGAGAGCUGGAAAACAAAGUGAGGAUCUUGGAGGAUGAAAACAAACUGCUGGUGAUGCAGAACCAUCCUCAGAACUCCAGUGGAGAAAUGUCCCCCACAGGCUUCUACCUUCCUCUGGGACAGAAACCUGAAGCUGUCGUCCAUGCCAUGAAGGUGCUGGAGGUUCAUGAGAAGCUGGAUGGCCAGAGCUCAAGGGAACAUGAUGAAGACCUCAAUGAGAAGGAGAAAGCCAUCGUCAGGGAGAUGUGCAACGUGGUUUGGAGAAAGCUGGGCGAUGCUGCUGGCUCAAAGCUUACUGUUCGACAGCAGCUGUCAGGAAACCAGCUCCAAGGACCAGUACAGUAGCAGACAGCCCAUCAUCAAACCCAGAGCAUAACCCUCAAAAGAAAGUAGAGGAAAAUGGAGACACUUUUUUUGACUACUUAAUAUGCACAAAGUUUGCUCCACAUGAUGCUGAAACUGCUCACUGAUGCCACCAUGUGGAAUUAAACUGUAAGUACAGUUUUAAAGGAACAUUUUCAGUUCUAUGCAGCAGACUGUAAUCCAUCCAAAGUCUUCCACAUCUGGUCCAUAACAUCCUUAUCUUCAGUGACACAAGGAUACCAAGUUUUUCUCAGGCUUGAAUGGAUAUAAAGUCUCUCCACAGAGUUUAUGGUGUGCAUUAGCCCCCCCCCCCCCCCACCCUUCUUCAACUAAGUCGUCCAGGAGGCAUACUGCUCUGCAACCCUGAGUUUUAUUUUUGCAAAAAAAUGUCCUCCUGUCCUUCGCCUGGAAACCCGACAGAUCGUUUAUUUCAGCCAGUUGCUUGGAGGAUGUCAUUUUUUUUUUUUUUUAUCUUUACCCAUAUCUCAUUACCGUAGCUGGGGGUUGGAUGUAAAUGGGCCAUAAAAUCUUAAGUUUCUCCUUUCUGCUCUUCCCGCACUAAAACAUAAUGGAGCGAUUUAUUGAUAACUCAUAAAGCUCUUAUUCACCCACAUAUCUCCUGCUCUAUCCUGCCAUCAAUUAGCAGCAACACUUCACUGGUCAGUUGCCUUUUAACACAGAAAGAAAUUCAUUAUAUGGUUGCAACUUCAAGCAUUUAUGCGUCUUGAUAUGGUGGAAAAGACUUGCUUAAACCUGAGCUUUGGAGAGUGAAAGAAAGGGAAUUUCUUGUCUUUGAACUUAGCAUGAUUCUGUUUGCUGUUGAUCUACUGUGAUUUACUUGCUUAGAUAUCUAUAACGUUUACUGAAAAUGUUCCAAACAUGACAAUAUAUCCAGCAAACAGGUUGGAGAUAAUAGAAAGUUGUUGUUUUAUUGUAUAUACUGUAUAUUCAGUAUUUACAUGAUCCACUCCUAAAUAUGGCCUUUUGUCAAAAGGAACUACUUUUAAUGCACUAAUUCAAGGUGUAGCUAAAAAAGAGGGCCAGUUAGCGUACUCGAUUAAAGACGACUCAAACCAGAUGCAAAACGAGCAUUCCCCCUUCAAGUCUCAAGUGUACAAGUGCCAUGGUUAAAAGACAAAAACAGAAUCACAUCAUCUGCAAACGUCAUGAACUUUGUCAGCCCUGCUGCUGCUUUUCUAGCCGUCUUGGCACAAUGUUUGACAUUUUCAUGCUGUAUUAAACAGAAAUGGAUGAAGGUUAUCGUCUACAUACCAAAUUAUUUGAAGUCAUCUGCUACAUCUGAGAAACCGGAAAGGGUAUUUGCUA